UUUCCAUUGGAUUUUUUCACUCAAUUUUCUCGAAUAUUUUAACAAUUAUCAAUAAGCGGACCAAAAAAAGUAAAUUUUUCAUUUAAAUUAAAAAAAAAGUGCACAAAAUGGAAAAAACAAAAACAUCUCAAGGUGUUUCUUUGAUCACAGAAAAGGAGACAGACCUCACUUUGGAAGAAACCUACAAAAUUGCCCUGAAAUUCUACAAAGAAAAGUUCGGAAAAGCCGUUGUACUUAGUUACGAUGAUAAUUUGCGUCUCAUUGCUUAUUCGCAACAAGCGAAAUACGGCUCCGUCGAUGAUAAUCCCGAGACAAAGCCUUUGGGGUAUCUCGAUAUCGUUGGAAAAGCACGUCGUCAAGCAUGGGCCGCUUUGGGAAAUAUGCCAAAAGACGUAGCAAAACGUUCUUUUAUCAAUACUUUGCACGAAAUUUGUCCUUCAUUUAAGCCGUACAUCGAAGCUGUGCAGCACAACAAACGCGAAAAAAGCGACAACAAUAAAUUGCACGAAAUGUUUGACGAAAAAUUGCGUUUGGAGAACAAAAAUCAAGAAGAACUCGAAAAAUACAAUGAAGAAAUGCAACUUAGAAAAUUGCAAGAUGCACUAAAUGAACAAACGUAUGACCAAUUCAAAGAGCAUGUCGACAAAAUGCAUCCCGGCAAUCCGGAGCAACAAGCUGUUCUACUAAAAAACUUGCAAGAAGAGCAUUAUCGACAAUAUUUAUUGCACAUGCAAUCGGAGAUAUUUGAUGUUCAGUGCAAUCCGGGUAGUGACAUUCACGUCGAGGACGCGAAACACAACGAACGCGACGAACAAAACGCACAAAUGAGUGACGGGCGCGAUCGAAGCGAAAGUGAAUCGGAGUUUGAUGAUGGGACACUUCUCACGCCCGCAUCAAUGUGGACUCGACCUGAUAUUAAAAAGUUCAAGGAUGAAGUUACCGAAGGCAAAUCGGGCGUUUUACGUAUCGGCCAUGGAGAUAUUGUAACGGUGCGUGUUCCAACCAAUAGCGAUGGCGUAAGUCUCUUUUGGGAAUUUGCCACAGACAGUUACGACAUUGGUUUCGGAGUUUAUUUCGAAUGGGGUCCGCCAGAAUCGCAAGAAGUUACUGUCCGUAUCAGCGAAAGUGAUUCGGAAGACGAUUAUUUUGACGAUACCGACGGAGAAUAUGUAACAACGGCAGAUUUGGAGUCGGGAGGUAUGACAGCUGCACAAGAAACAACGUCACUCACAUCGCCGCAAAGGAAUCUCAGUGUUGUCGUGCCAGUUUAUCGCAGAGAUUGCCAUUUGGAAGUUUAUGCGGGAAGUCAUACGUAUCCCGGCGAAGGAACAUAUUUACUUAAAUUUGAUAAUUCUUUCAGUUUAUGGCGGUCAAAAGUUUUAUAUUACCGCGUUUUCUAUACGCGAUAAAUCCCAAUGCUUCAGUUUCACAUUUCAACAAAGCUCUUUGUUACCUUUCAUUUAUUUAAUUAUCUAUGUGAUAAAUUUCACGCAUUGCUGAGAUAAUUCCGUAUCAAUUUCAAAGCAAACAAAUUUGUAUGAAAAAUAAACAACAAGAACCUGAUCCCUCUUCCCGUUUCCCACCUUUUUGUUAGUUUUUUAGUGAAAGAACUCUAUAUUCAAUGUUUUAAAUGUACGAAAUUUUAUGAAAAAAAUGAAUGUGUCAAUAUUAAAAAAAAAUGAAUUAAAAUAUUAAAGGCACAAUUUUCAAGGUAUAUGGAAUGCAUGAAAAAAUAUGUUUAUGACUGUUUAAAACUAUACAUUGAAAUUAUGUAUUGAAU